ACAUUUUCUGUUUAGUAUGUAUGGAGUGUUCGAAAUGUGCGGUACAAAGAUCGCGUCUUCUACCGUAUGUUUUUAUUUAUAGUAUGAACAUGUGUUUGCGCGUCAAUUUUUAAAAAUUUUUGUGCGCCCGUCCCCCGUAAGUUCAAUAUGCACGGAAGGCGAGUUUUUCAGACAUUUUUUGUGGCGCUACUUGUUGCUUACUGCACGUUGUUACUUUACCAAUCGUUCUUGCGCGGGGGAUUUAAUGAGCAGGCCAUUCUGAACGGCAAAGGUGGCAAGGAUUACCGGUACGAUUUCGGCUACGAGGAGCUGGCAGCUAAUAAGGCGACGAGCGAGAUUCCUACCACCUUCAGGCCACCAACGAUAACCGUAGACGAUAUAUUCAUCAGUGUCAAAACUACGAAACGAUAUCACAAGAGCAGAUUAUCCGUGAUCCUGAAGACUUGGUUUCAGCUGGCGAAAGAACAGACUUGGUUUUUUACCGAUAGCGAUGAUAAGGACCUUCACAACAAAACACAUGGCCACGUGAUUAACACCAAAUGUCCAGCGUCGCAUCACAGAAAGGCUCUCUGCUGUAAAAUGUCGGUCGAGUUUGACGCCUUUAUGGAUACAAACAAGAAGUGGUUUUGUCAUUUCGACGAUGAUAAUUACGUUAAUGUGCCUCGACUCGUCGAGUUUCUAAAGGAUUAUAAUCCUAAGGAGGACUGGUACUUGGGGAAGCCGAGCAUACAGCGAGCUUUUGAAAUAAGUAGUAAAAAUAAGACCGCGCCUAAAGUCAAGUUUUGGUUUGGAACGGGCGGUGCUGGAGUUUGUAUCAGUAGGGCUUUAGCUUUGAAAAUGAUGCCGGCCGCUGGGGGCGGCCAGUUUAUGCGGACCGGCGAAAAAAUUCGUCUACCGGACGACGUCACCAUGGGAUACAUCAUCGAGCAUUUGCUGAAGAAACCGUUGACUGUCGUUAAUCAAUUUCAUUCGCAUCUGGAGCCGAUGAAGUUCAUACGAAGGGAGCUACUUAAAGAUCAGAUCUCAUUCAGCUACUCGUCGAACAAUAUUAUUAAAUUGGAGGGAUUUGAUAUCUUGCGUGAUCCCACAAGGUUUCUGUCGCUACACUGCCUGCUAUUCCCAUACUUCGACUUUUGCCCGAGGUGAGAUGAGGCCCCCUCGGCAGCGGCGGAAGAAGAAGAGGCCAACGAAUUGUGAUCAAUACAGAAGCACUUUGGGUGCAAUUUUUCUUUGUGAUGUCUUUAGGAAAUAAGUACACUGUAAAUACAAAACCGUAUCCUUACUUUUUUAUUAACUAGUCUGAUUAGGGCAACUAAGUUUGUAAAAAACGAGCAAAUGAAUGACAACCAAGAAUAAUACAUAUUAAUUUUUAUAGGUGUAGUUUGGAUUUUUGUAUAAUUUGUAACGUUGGUAGCUAGAAAUGUCUACUAGUCUCGUUCUUUGUACAUAAUGUGCAAUUUUAUAUCUACUGUAUUAUUGAAGAGUAUUUUUUAAUGUAAAUAGUUUUAUACUGUACAUACCACGUAUUAUAAUUUAUGAACGGUUGAUCAAUUUUUUAUAUGUUUAUACAAUGUAAAUAAAGGAGAAGA